UAAAGGCGGCGCUCAGCACCUUUUCCUACCGCAUGUUUUCCUUCCACUAAACUUUUCAUGACAGACUGGGUCCAGCCGUCUGCGUCUCUGGACCUCGGUCCGGUCCGAGUGGCGUAGGUUAGAUUCCCUUCGCUGUCCAACCGAUAAAAACACCUAAAGAUGAUUAAUCUGUGGAAUAAAUCUGAUCUUCAGCGUUUAAUAAACAGAUAAAUGAACUUUAUGACGACGUUCUGCUUCUUCUGUUUGCUUUCAUGCAGCUUCUCUGAGAGCGUCCCCCCCACCGGAGCGGCCGCCAUGUUCUACAACCGCCUGCUGCUCUCCGUCUACGUCCUCACCUUCCUGAUGGGGGUCCCCGCCAACAUCCUGUCCUUCGUCACGCUCUGCCGCAAGGUGUGCCGCAAGGCGGCGCCCAUCGACGUGCUGCUGCUCAACCUCACCGUGUCGGACCUCAUCUUCCUCGCCUUCCUGCCCUUCAAGAUGAAGGAGGCGUACGACAGCAUGGCGUGGCUGCUGCCCUACUCGCUGUGCCCGCUCACCGGCUUCGUCUUCUACGUCACCAUCUACAACAGCACGCUGCUGCUCACCGCCGUCAGCGUGGAGCGCUACCUGGGCGUGGCCUUCCCGCUCAGGUACGCCGUGUGCCGCCGGCCUCGCUACGCCGUCUGGGCCUGCUUCACCUUCUGGGCCGUGACCUCCUGCAACCUCAGCAUCGUCUACGUCCUGCCGUACUCCCAGUGGACGUACGCCGGCAACGCCAGCGGGCCCACGCCGCCGCCGCCCACCUGCUACCUGAACUUCUCCGAGACCGAGCUGGAGAUCCUGCUGCCCGUGCGCCUGGAGCUCUUCCUGGUCCUCUUCUGCAUCCCCUUCGUCGUCAGCUGCUUCUGCUACGUCAACUUCAUCCUCAUCCUCUCCCGCCUGCCCAACAUCAGCCGGCGGCGGCGGCUGCGCUGCAUCGGCCUGGCCCUGGGGACGCUGGCCGUCUUCGCCGUCUGCUUCGGGCCCUACAACGCCUCCCACGUGGUGGGCUUCGUCCAGCAGGAGAGCCACGAGUGGAGGAACCUGGCGCUGCUCUCCAGCACCCUCAACGCCUGCCUGGACCCGCUGAUCUUCUACCUGUCGUCAGCGGCGGUCAGGAGCAUGUUGAACCGCUGCUUCCGGGGCAUCAGGGCCAAGAUGCACAUCCUGGGCUGCGGAGAAGCUCCUCGCCACGACCGGGCAGAAGCUCCGCCCUGAACCGGCUUCACCCAGGGUUCUGCUUCGCAGUGAAGACCUGGACUCAGUGAAGCUCCUCUAGAACCAGAGGCCUUCCUUUCUGGAGGUCCGUCCUGUUUGUUCCUGCAGCAGAGGAGCGGAGUGGGACCUCCUGUUCCUGGACUGCAGGACAUCAGGAGAACGUUGCCUUGAAUAGAGACAGCUCAGCUUUUAGACUGACCCAAAGGUUAGGAGUCGGCUCUCCGGCUGCUGGGAGGUCGACUUCACCUCCUCGUCGGCUCGUUGUCUUCUGAAAGGUCUCCAUGCAGACUGUUCCUCAUGAAUCAGCUGCAGGUGGUGAUGCUGCAGCAAAGCGACCAGGAGGAACAACCGAAUGUGUUUGUGCUUAAAUGUAAUUAGUCUGCAGAUAAAUAAAGACUGAAAGCAG